AUGCUCGACUCAUCGUCCAUACACCACACGGUCAACAUGAAGCUCCUCCUGCUCGCAUCCGUGAUCUGCUUCACGGCUGCUCUGGCAGCACCAGCAGAAGAGAAGCAGAAGAGAAAUAUCCUGCCGGGCGACCCGCGCUACCGCGGAAACGACCAGCACCAUCAUCUUCAUCAUGAGCACGAAAACGAGAAGGACUCAUUCCAGGUACCCAAGCCGAGCUAUGGUCCGCCCAACCACACACCUGGUAACCUCAUCAACAGCGACUUCCUGUCGAUUAACAACAACAAGGAUACCAUUCAGGUGCCGUCUACUUCAUACGGAAUACCCGACACCAUUCAGCUCAACGGCAACUAUAUUGCUCCCAACGUCGAGGACAAGAAGACGCCUCUUAUCAAUGUGCUUCCCAAGACUGAUGUACACUUUAACCCUGACCUGAACUAUCAAGUACCGUACGCUGAAGCGCCCAUCACUUCUUACGGUACCAACAUUAAGAGCAAGAAACGAAUUCAUAUCCUGCAGACCUCGUACGGAAUCCCCGUAAAGAAAGAUACGACGAUCGACAAGCAGCCGAAACUCGAGAACGUGCACGCGCAGAAGGAUAUCGUUAUCGAGAAGGCGAAGCUGCCCGAGACUCAAGGAUUAACUCAGCAAUCGAUCAGCAGCCUGCCCAGCUUCAACUCCUUCACCGACAACAGCCAGUUCUCAUUGGCGCACACGAGCUACCCCACGAGUUACCCCACGAGCUACCAUACGAGCUACCCCACGAGCUACCCCACGAGCUAUCCCACGAGCUACAUCGGCAACUACCAGUCGUUCGGCUCCAUCCCCGUCAAGACCGUCGACCACCACGUGCAAGUAAAGGUGCCGCAGCCGUACCCGGUUCCAGUGACGAAGCAAGUGACCUACCGCGUCCCGGUACCGCACACCGUCGAGGUCCCGAAGCCGUACCAGGUGCGCGUGCCGUACCCGGUCCGGGUUCCGGUGGACCGUCCCUAUCCCGUGGAGGUUCCCCGUGCUGUGCCCUACCCGGUGCCGCACUACGUCCACACGAGCGUGCCGGUGGUGCAGCCGCACUUGACCGUCGACGUGUUAAAGGCGAACCCGAUCCAGACCUUCUUCGAGAACACGGCGUCCACGUUCCAGGACACGAUCAGCAAUCUGCCGAGCUUCCCGAACCCCUUCGAGAACUUCCAGAACCCCUUCGAGAACUUCCAGCUGCCGUCCCUGCCGAUCUUCCCCGCGCAACCGACCCCGACGUCCGCCGACGCUGACACCGUCACCAUCGAGAACCCAACGACCAAGACCGUGAUCAACAAAGUGAUAGAUCCUGUCCCCAUUGUGCCCGCCAAACCCAAACUGAUCGUUGAUCCUGUUCCGAUUGUGCCUGUCAAACCCAAGUUGAUCGUUGAUCCUGUCCCCACUGUGCCUCUCAAACCCAAAUUGAUCGUUGAACCUACCCCCAUUGCGCCUUUCAAGCCCAAAUUGAUCAUCGAACCUACCCCCAUUGUGCCUAUCAAGCCUAAAUUGAUCAUUGAUCAUCCAGUUCCCUUCGAGCAAAUCGGGAAGGCCACGUCGCAGAAGGAGUACACGCAGCCGAUCGGCACCAACGGCGGCUACAUCUACUAA